UGGGGGUUUUUUGUUUAAUGAGAGAGAAAGGUAAUUGAUGAGAAUGUUAAUAGAUGUAAUUAGGGAUAAAAUUGUAAUUUUUAUCAUUUAAGCCAAAAGCCAACCCAAAAAAGCUACUCUUACUAGUUUUUGGCGAAAAAGCUGGCUUUUUAGCCAACUUAAAAGCCAAUUAAUCAAACAUAUAUUUUGGCUGUUUGACCACGUCUAAAUGCCAAAAGUCAAAAAGUAUACAAAAAGCAAUCAAAAAGCUACUUAUCAAACAACCCCUCUUUUUGUCAUUAACCUAGCAAAAAAAUAAAAAAAAAUAAUAAAAAAAAACUACUGGGUCAUACAGGUACUUGAGUCAUUCAAAGCUCAGCCCCAUGACCCGACCCAUUACCUGAAUACUUUCACGGGCCGGGCACCCAGCCCAAAAAAUUAAAAAAAAGUCUCAAAUUAUCCGUCGGAUAUUGUUCGGGUCAGUGGAUUAUCAGGUCAGGUCAAUCAGAUCGGGUUUUUUUUGACACCCCUAGUCACAACUGGUCCAAUCUCUGGCCAUCUGGGUACUAAAUUUUAAAUUUCCGAUUUUGGACCGUGAACAACUCACUUUUACGCAGCAACUCUUUCUCUACCCCUCCUUCAUUGAAGCAUAUUCUGACCUUCCUUUCUUCCAUUGAAGCAGCUCUCCACCAUUGAAGUACCUUCUGAGUUUAUGUAGGAUGCUUGAUAGUACUUUGUUGAUGGUGGAUGGAGGUGUUCUUGCAAUUGCACACACUCAACGAAUUUCCACUUUUAAGAACAUCAUUCAUGGACAUAGAACUCGAUGUAGUCUCACACGAACCUCAUUAUCUUCAACCAAAGAUGUUUGGACCAGGUUACUGUCAGAGGCAGCCCCUUCGCCAUCAUCUACUUCUUUUUCACAGCAACCACCACAAACAUACCGCCAAAAGCAACCACAAAGAAACACUUUCUUAGACCACAGCGUAGACAUGGAUGAUUUGUUGAAAUCCAUUUCGCAAACUGCAGAUGAGGGAGAGUUGUUUGCUCUUUUGUCACCUUAUAAAGGCAGGCAACUAUCUGUUCGGUUUAUGGUUUCUCUUCUUUCUCGGGAAUCAGAUUGGCAACGGUCAAUUGCAUUGCUUGAUUGGAUAAAUGAUGUUGCUUUAUAUUCUCCAUCAGUGUUUGUUUACAAUGUUGUUAUCCGUAAUGUGCUUCGGGCAAAGCAAUGGGAGGUUGCACAUGGCCUGUUUGACGAAAUGCGACAGAGAGCAUUGGCCCCUGAUAGGUUUACUUACUCGAUGCUUAUUACCCAAUUUGGGAAAGAGGGCUUGUUUGAUUCUGCACUUUCUUGGCUACAGAAGAUGGAGCAGGAUCGCGUGUCUGGUGAUCUUGUUUUGUACAGUAACUUGAUUGAGUUGUCUCGUAAAUUGAGUGAUUAUUCCAAAGCAAUUUCUUUGUUUUCAAGGUUGAAGAGGUCCGGUAUUAGGCCUGACCUUGUGGCUUACAAUACAAUGAUUAAUGUGUUUGGGAAAGCUAAGUUGUUUUGUGAGGCUCAGGAUCUUUUGAAAGAAAUGAAAGAAAAUGGAGUAAAACCAGAUACAGUUAGUUACUCGACACUUUUGAAUAUGCAUGUGGAGAAUCAUAAGUUUGUCGAGGCAUUGUCUGUGUUUUCUGAGAUGAGUGAGGCUAAAUGUGUUCUUGACCUCACUACCUGCAACAUUAUGAUAGAUGUUUAUGGACAGCUUGAUAUGGCCAAGGAAGCUGAUCAGCUUUUCUGGAGCAUGAGAAAGAUGGGCAUUGAACCUAAUGUUGUUAGUUAUAAUACACUUUUGAGAGUGUAUGGAGAAGCCGAGCUUUUUGGUGAAGCUAUACAUCUUUUCCGCUUGAUGCAGAAAAAAAAUAUUGAACAGAAUGUUGUUACCUACAAUACCAUGAUAAAAAUAUAUGGCAAAUCCCUUGAGCACGAGAAAGCUGGAAAUUUGGUUCAAGAGAUGCAAAAAAGUGGGAUUCAGCCAAAUGCAAUUACAUAUUCAACCAUAAUAUCUAUAUGGAGUAGGGCUGGGAAAUUGGAUCGUGCUGCCAAGUUGUUUCAAAAGCUUAGGAGUUCUGGUGUUGAAAUUGACCAGGUUCUGUAUCAGACUAUGAUAGUGGCUUAUGAGAGAGCAGGAUUAGUUGCUCAUGCAAAACGGCUGCUCCAUGAGCUUAAGUGUCCAGACAAUAUCCCACGAGAUACUGCAAUAACUAUUCUUUGCAGUGCUGGAAGGAUUGAAGAAGCCACAUGGGUCUUUCGACAGGCAUUUGAUGCCGGUGAAGUGAAGGAUAUCUCUGUAUUUGAGUGUAUGAUAGAACUGUAUUCGAGAAACAGGAAAUAUUCAAAUGUCAUAGAGGUGUUUGAAAAGAUGAGAGCAAUUAGAUACUUCCCCAAUUCAAAUGUCAUCGCUCUUGCCUUGAAUGCUUAUGGAAAAGUCAGGGAUUUUGAAAGGGCUGAUUUAGUCUAUCGGGAGAUGCGAGAAGAGGGCUGUAUUUUCCCCAGUGAAGUUCAUUUCCAAAUGUUGAGUCUGUAUGGUGCAAGAGGUGACUUUGAGACUGUGGAAUUACUUUUUGAGACGCUGAAUUCCGACCCAAACAUAAACAAGAAGGAAUUGCAUCUUGUUGUUUCUAACUCAUAUAAAUCAGCUAAAAGACUCAGUGAUGCUGCUAGAAUCAUCAAUGAGAUGACUGACAAAUAAAUCUUGAUCACCACAAAAAAAAUGUAUAUGCUCAGUUUUGUACAUUGCCUUGGCCUUAGUUUGUUACAGACUUGUGUUGUACUCCUGUAGAUGGUGUAUAUGUUCUCUAAACCCACACUUAAUACAUAUUUUCUUUCAUUUUCUCUCU